AUGACCCGCCGGCUGAGCAGCUCCACCCGGUCCCACACGGAGGACUCCAUCUUCCUGAGGCCCGACGAGGACCCGGUAUGGCUGGAUGAGCCCACCAAGACUGAGAAAAUAGGCGACGGCGCUCCAAAAAGAGACAGGCUCCCAGGGCGCCGAGAUGGACCUGCGGGGGGGCAAAGCCCACAGGGACAGGAGGUGUUCAUGCACAAGGUGUACGCACUCUUGAUCGAGAUCCACUGCUGGGCUGCACUGUUUGUGGUCUCCCAAGUCACGGGGUACUGGGUGUUUUUUGUGGUGGAGGGAAACGGGCCGCUCUCCUCCAUCUACAAAGCCCUGCAGGUCAUUGACUUCUACCUUGGCUUCAUCUUGCCCUGUAACCCGAUCUUUGGGAUGGAUUCCACGGUGCUGGUGAGUGAGGUGGUGAACACCCAGGAGCACAAUUGGAUCAUCCAGGGCACUACCACCAUCGGUGUGGCCAUCUGUGUUAUCAUGGUCAUCCACAUGGUGUGUAAGUGGCGUCAUGGCACCGGCUUGUGGUCAUCGGGUCCGGUAUCCAGGGACAUUGGUGAUCGGCGCCAGUCGGUGAGCCGCCAGCCCUCCUUCACCCUGUCUGAGUGGACGGACGCUCAGGAGGAUCUGCUGGAUCUCGACCUUACCCCUCAGACUCCGGUCUUUGAAAUUGGCACUGACACCAGGAUGGAGGGGGAUGCCACCACCCUCUGUGUCACACCUGUCGGGCUUCAAGAGAGGAGGGGCUCCAACGUCUCACUGACCUUGGACAUGUGUACGCCGGGCUGCACCGAGCCCUACGGCUACGGAGCCCAGCUGUCCCCUCGAGACCAGACGGCCAAGGAGUAUCUGCGACAGGGAACGCACAGCCUGACCCCCGCCAUGCUACACACACGGGCCAUGGAUGACGAGAACCUGCAGGCCGAGUUUUAUGAAACUCCCAUGAACUUUGUGGACCCAAAGGAGUACAACUACCCAGGGCUGGUGAGAAAGAAUCGCUACAAAACCAUCUUACCCAAUACCCACAGCAGAGUGAAACUGAAUUCACUGGAUGAAGAGGAUUUCCUCACAACCUACAUAAAUGCUAAUUAUCUCAACGGAUAUGGGGGUGAGGAGCGUGCAUACAUCGCCACCCAGGGUCCCACCGUGAACACAGUCGGGGAUUUCUGGCGGAUGGUUUGGCAAGAGAGAACCCCGAUCAUAGUGAUGAUCACCAACCUGGAGGAGAAGAAUGAGAAAUGUGCGGAGUACUGGCCCGAGGACACCGUGAGCCAUGAGGGCAUCGAGAUCACUGUCGUCACGGUAACCCAGGAGGAUGACUACAGUCUGAGGGUGUUCACGCUGAAGUGUGACGGGGAGGAGCGCAGCCUGCAGCAGUACUGGUACACGUCGUGGCCGGAUCAGAAGACCCCGGACAAGGCCCCCCCGCUGCUGGAGCUGGUACAAGAGGUGGAAAGGGCCAGAGAGGAAGCCCCGCCCUCCAGCGGCCCUAUAAUUGUCCACUGCAGUGCUGGAAUUGGUCGAACUGGCUGCUUCAUCGCCACCUCCAUCCUGUGCAAGCAGCUGAGGACCGAGGGUGUGGUCGACAUCCUGAAAACCACCUGCCAGCUCCGUCUGGACAGGGGUGGGAUGAUCCAGACGUGUGAGCAGUACCAGUUCGUGCAUCAUGUCCUCAGCCUGUACGAGAAGCAGCUUCCUCACGCUGCUGAGGAGUAG